GAUUACAGUAGGAGCAGACUUCAGUGGCUCAGACUUCGUAAAUAUUACCGUCUUUGCUUAAUUAUUGUUAAAAAUCCUGUGUAUUUAACGUAAAGUUUUAUGAGGAAGUUGUAAAUACUGAUUUACAACUUUAUUUUUUCCACUUUGUUUUUGGAAGACGAUGUCAGUCAUGCGCAUGAAAGCAGGAAGGUGUCCUACUGAUGAGCUUACUCGCACCAACUGCGCCGUUGCUAGCAAAGAUGACUUCCCUGAUGAUGUUCAACACAUCGAAGUCAGCACUGGCCCGGGACAGCACUUUGUGUUCUCUGUCAAAUACCACCCGGAGAUUCCUCGGGGUCAGAUUGGGUUCAGUCUGCCGCAACGUAAGUGGGCUACGCUGUCUCUGGGUCAGGACAUUGACGUCAAGCCUUACCACUUCAACCCAACGUCUAGCUCAGAGUGCCUCUGCACCAUCACUCUCGAGGCUGACUUUCUGCAAAAGAAAUCAUCCACCACUGAGCCGUACGACACUGACAUGAUGGCCAAGGAAUUUAUCAUGCAGUUUUCCGGCCAAGCAUUCACUGUUGGCCAACUCCUGGCUUUCCAAUUUCUGGAGAAAAAGAUGUUAAGCCUUUACGUGAAAAGUUUGGAAGCUGUUGACAUAAGUGCCAUAAAAAACGGACAGGAUGCUAAACCUCGAAAGACAAGAAUGGGACGGUGCUUGGGGGACACCAUGAUUCAGUUUGAAAAAGCAGAGAACUCCUCCCUCAAUCUGGUUGGGAAAGCCAAAGGGAAAGUUGUCCGUCAGUCAAUCAUAAACCCUGAUUGGGACUUCAAGAGUAUGGGAAUCGGUGGACUGGACAAUGAGUUCAACGCUAUCUUCCGAAGAGCCUUCGCGUCUCGAGUAUUCCCACAAGAAAUCGUGGAGCAGUUAGGCUGCAAGCACGUCAAGGGCAUUUUGUUGUUCGGUCCGCCUGGCACUGGUAAAACCCUGAUGGCACGGCAGAUUGGAAAAAUGUUGAACGCCAGAGAACCUAAAAUAGUCAACGGGCCACAGAUUCUAGACAAAUAUGUUGGUGAAUCUGAAGCCAACGUUCGUAGACUUUUCGCUGAUGCUGAAGAAGAAGAAAAGAGGCUGGGUCCUAACAGCGGGCUGCACAUCAUCAUCUUCGAUGAGAUAGACGCCAUCUGCAAGGCAAGAGGUUCGUCAGGCGGGAGCACCGGCGUGCACGACACCGUGGUCAACCAGCUGUUGUCCAAAAUAGAUGGUGUGGAACAACUAAACAACAUCCUCGUGAUCGGGAUGACCAACCGACGUGACAUGAUUGACGAGGCUCUGAUGCGACCCGGCAGACUGGAGGUUCAAAUGGAGAUCAGUCUGCCCGAUGAGAACGGGCGAGUGCAGAUUCUCAACAUUCACACCAGUCGGAUGAAAGAGUACAAAAAGUUGAGCGCAGAUGUUGACUUAAAGGAACUGGGCGCACUGACCAAGAACUUCAGUGGAGCUGAGUUGGAAGGUCUUGUGCGAGCUGCUCAGUCCACAGCCAUGAACCGGCUGAUCAAAGCGUCCAGCAAAGUAGAGAUAGACCCUUCUGCCAUGGAGAAGCUACUGGUGUGCAGGGAAGACUUCAUGCAUGCUCUGGAGAACGACAUCAAGCCGGCCUUUGGUACGAGUGCUGAGGCCCUGGAUCACUUCCUCACCAGAGGUAUCACUAACUGGGGAACUCCGGUCAAGAACAUCCUGGAGGAUGGAAUGUUGUUCAUACAACAGGCCAAAGCUCCCGAGUCUUCAGGGCUUGUCAGCAUUUUGUUGGAAGGACCGCCAAACUCUGGGAAGACUGCACUAGCUGCCCAGCUGGCUAAAAUGUCUGACUUUCCAUUUGUCAAAGUUUGCUCCCCAGAAGACAUGGUGGGCUUUACAGAAUCUUCUAAGUGUCUAACUAUCAGGAAGUAUUUCGACGACGCAUACAGAUCCACUCUGAGCUGUAUCUUGGUGGACAACAUCGAGCGCUUGUUGGACUACGGCCCCAUCGGUCCUAGAUACUCCAACCUCACCCUUCAGGCUCUACUGGUCCUGCUCAAGAAGGAACCUCCUAAGGGAAAGAAACUGCUCAUCCUGUGUACCAGCAGCAGAAGACAAGUGCUAGAAGAGAUGGACCUGCUGUCCGCGUUCACAGCUGUACUGCAUGUACCUAACCUCAACAAGGCUGAACAUCUGCUGGCCGUGGUCGAGGAGAGCGAGAUAUUCUCCAAGGAGCAGAUGGCUCAACUCAUGCGUCAGAUCUCAGGACAUUCCAAGAUUUUCAUCGGGAUCAAGAAGCUGCUAGCUAUGUUGGACAUGGCUCGUCAGACGGAGGACGCGUAUCGAGUAGUCAAGUUUGUAUCGAGGCUCGAGGAGGAAGGCGCACUCGAUCGAGGAAUGACCAUACACUAGACAGUAUUAGCCUCCUCGUAAUAGCACAUCCUUCCUUAGGUAUUAUCAGUCCUGCUUGUUGAAUUUGUGAUUUAUUUAUUAUAGUAUGUUACUUACGACGUUACGUUUGUGCAUUGUUAAUAGUAAAAGCGUAAUUGAUGAUAGAGUUUUAUUAUGUAUGUGUGGACUGGUUUGACCGGUUAAACCACCGAGCUGUGAGAUGUAUUACUCUUUAAAUGUCCAUCAACGCUAAAUGUUUAUGUGGCGGUUAGAAGGCUUUUUUUAAUUCCACAAGGUUUUAUCCUGGAAUUUUUUUCCACAUUACUUCAGACUAAGCUUAGAGGUUGCGACAUUAUCACUUAGAUAAAACUCAUUGGUGGUGGGAUUUGAACCGGGGACCUUGGGGACCGAAGCCCGGCGCUCUACCACUAGACCAUAUGUUAAAUAGGUGCCAAAGCAAGACUUAACCUCCGCAUGCUAACCAACGUUGAUGGACAAUUUGGUGAAUAAUACAAUUUAUCUAUUGUUUGGUAAUAAAUCAAAAAUUCAGAAGGAUUCAAAGGUAAAUGUAUGUAAAGCUGGUAAAAAAUUAACUAGGCACUGGCUGAACGGGGCAUACUGCAAAACAAAUGAUGUCAGCAAUUUGGAAUUAAACACAGCUGUGACAGCUGUCCUUGUUAAAAAUUGGAAUGUCAAAGAUAAUAGGUGUGCUGUCUAAACUGCUGUAAAAUGUAAAAACUGACAAAUUGUAAAAAAGAUCUAUCCAACAAACAAACAACAACAACAACAAAACAAUAAAACAGAAGAAUAAAAAAUUAACAUUUUAUUGGUUAAUAACUAUUUAUAAAAAAUGUCAAAUAAGUUGCUGAUGUAAUUUAUUUUAGAGUAUGACUUAUAACACAGUGUUCAUAUUGUAAGUUAAAGUAAAGUGGAUAUGCUUGAAUGUUAAAGGUUCUGGUUGGUACCUUUUCCUAAAAACGUACUACUUGAGCAUCAACAGUGUAAGAUAUUACCUACCUAAUUAACAUUUUUUUUAUAAUUAAAGUCAUCGCCCCAUUUUCAAUCUAGAGGUGCAUUUUGUCCCCUUUAUAGGUACUGAUCAAUUUAUCUGUGUAUGACUUCAUGCACAUAAUAAUCAAUGUUACUUUGAUGUUACUUUGUUUUUGUUUAAAUUUUAAUGCUUGUAAAUGCUAUGUUUAGUUAAUUUAUGUUUAAAGGUUUAAAAAACGUAUACAACUUGUUAAAUCAUCUAAUAUAAGGUAGCGUACAAAGGAAAUGAAUAGAAUCAAUUUUUUAAAUUCUGCAUCCAGUGUAAUUUAUUGAGUUAACUUUAAAACUCUUUAAAUUAUUUGGUAUUUAUUUGUUAAUUUUAUCGUAAACCUGGUAAAAAUGUAGGUAAGCAAUCAUUGGUGUUAAUUAUUAAAUAAUAGCUAUGAAACUUACUUUGGAAUCAAAACCAUUGACAUGAAAUAUGCACUUUCUCUCAAUAUUUCUCUUUAGGCUGAGUUGCACCAAUGGUCAUUAAUAAGUUUUUGUGAUCAUUUUCUGUUAUUAUUAAUCGAUCGUAAACAUUCAUUUCUUGAAAAAGUACUUUUACUCAAACAAUAAGACCACAUAGUAAACAUAUUAACAUAUUAAAUAAUAUGUUCCAGUAUUUUUUAAUUUGUAGGUGUCUAAACAACGACAAAUUUUUAUAUUACUUUUUUCAACGUUUAAUUAAACUUCAAAUUAUAUAAGACCGUUGUGCAUUUUUAUUUGAACUUUACACUGUAUAUAAACCUGGAGCUUGUGUGGUUGUAGUGCAAUAGAUAAAAGUAGUCAUGCCAUAAAGUGUGUGUGAGGUAAUACGCAACUACCAAAAACUGCUUUACUAUUUUAAUUCUAACUAGUCUGCAUAGGUUAUUAGGGGAAUAUCAAAAUAUUUUUAUGUAUGUUUUAAGACUGUAUCAAUAUACCUAUACAAACACUGGAUCUAAUUUUGUGUGUAUAAAAAUUAGUGGCAUUUAGUAGAUAUCAUGAAUCUAAUUGUAAGACAUACUUUUUCUCGUUUGAUAGGAAGUACAGGUAAUUUUAUUUGUUGUAUGCUAUGGAUUUUGGAAGAUGUACUGCAGAAAAAUUCAAUUUGAUGUGCUAAACUUAAAGUUCUUUUUGCCUUUUUUCCAAGGUUAUACUUUUAUUGUGUUUUCCAAGCAAAUUCACUUGUCCACUUUAUAAACUUGGCCUUUAAUAAUUAGACUUUAAUAUACAACUUUCCAAACACAGAAAACCUUGAUUUUUGUUCAAUACUUGUAUUUUUUUACACAUUCUCUUAAAUCAAUACAUACACAUUUUUAAAAAAUCAAUACAUUACAACUUUUUCAUGAAACAUAUUUAGGUUUUCACCUGGUGCACCCUUCAAGAUGUAGGAAAAUCUAUGUUUUGAAAAUGUACAAAUAUGAAAAGGAAUUACUUGGAUCGGUAUAAUUUUAGAGUAUUUAGAAGUAAUUUGUUUGUUAAUCACGUAAGGAUGUAGAUGCAAAGUUGUUGUUUGUUUAACAUUUAAUUGUGGUGUAAUACUUAGUAUGAAGUAGCAGAGAUAGAAUUAUCGUCAAAAGAAUGUUCAUCCUUUUGCUCAUAAAUGUUUGUUUAAAUAUCUAUUAAAAUAUAACAUUGUUUAAUAAUGCAGUUAGAUUUUAAAGAAUAAAAUUAAUUGGUGUUUGGUGUUAAAUGUGUAUAAAGGAUGCAGAAUGCAAAAUUUAAAGACAACUGUUGAAAUAAUUUAAAAAGUUUUUAAAACUUAAUUUAAUUUUUUACCUCUGUUAAGCCUGUGUAUUGUUUAUAAGACAUAUUUUAUUAUCGAAUCAGUGUAAUUUUAGAGUAUUUAUGGGUCCUGUUAUUCAAGCAUAUUGGAAAAGCUAAGUGGUUGUUGUCGCUUAUAUUAAGUCAAUUGUUAGAAGACAUAUCAGGCUUAAAGUCUGACUUAAGUCGCCUAAUCUUCCGAACUUAUAUAGAGCAAUAAAAUUGAUGUCUUGCCGAGAAUAUUGUAAUCAGCCCAUCGUAUUUACCUUGCUGUACUUGGAUGCAAUAUUUAAGAAUGUAUUUAAUUUAUUGAUUAAUUCAUUCAUUAGGGUACUCUCUCCAUAAUUUCCCUUUUAACUUGUAUUCUCUUUAUAAAACACAACUAACUAUAAUAUACACUGAGUUUGAGUUUUAUUCAUAAAAGAUCGACGAUAGGUAGUAACAAAAAGUGUUGACUGGUCCCUCACAAAAAAAAAAAAAAAAAAUUCCACCAGUUUGAAAACAAACAAAACAUAAUAUAACCUGAAUAAUGGAAUCUGGAGUACCAAAUCUACAACAUUACUUAGUGACGAUUAUAUUAAUCUUCUCCUACCUCCUCCAUACCUCUCAAUUUGGUACUUAAAAUUAAAAUAAUAUCCAUUCUUAAUUUUUAUUUUGUACCAACAAUAAUUGACUCAAGAGGGAGUAGUACCUGAAUGCAGUUCCCUAUUCCGCCUCUGUCUCAAAUAAAGCCUUGCCAAUACUUUUCAAUACCUAAAAUCUUGCAUUGGUAGGUUGGGAUAAGACAGAGCUCUUGUAUGAACUAAAAGACUUUUAUUUUUUGUUCUUGUUUUAACACAACAAUAUAGUAUUGUGUACACAGCUAUUAGUCAAAGAUAUCAUGUGCUAAAUAUUUAAUUAUUUGAGUAUAUUAUUAUUUACAUUUAUAACCAUGAGAAAUAAUUCUGUAGUAUUAAGUACUUCAGUAAAUUGGAGGUGUGCAAACGGUUUGAUUUUCGAGCCGAGCCUAGCAUACGAGCUCGAGAGUUCGCCAACUCAGAAAAUCACGCUCGAGCCGAGCUUCCACAUUUGCAGGCGAUAACAAAGUUCCUGUUAAUCACAGGAGAAGAUGGUGAUAUCCCUACAACCGCGAGAGAUGUUCAAAAUUUUCUGCAGUUACAGAAAUAAUUUAUAAUGAUUACACCACCAUUGUAGACGACCAGGAUUUUACAAUGAUCGCUUGAGUCAAUUAAUUAUGAUGUUUACACAACCCUGGAAGAUCUUUUUGAAUUUGCUGCGAUUGUGGAAAAAUUUGAUUUUUCCGUUUGCUCAGGAUUUUUUCCACAAUUAUUGCCGUAGACGAUUAUGAUUUUUCUUGGCUUCGAGAACGGUCCAGUAUUUGACUGCGAUUACGGAAAACAAUGAUGAUGUUUCUGACACUGUGGGAGACGAUGAUAAUGUCACCGCAGUAGACAUCCUGGGUUUUGCCGCGAUCGCUGAAGGCUAUGAUAAUGUUUCUGUGGCUGCAGGAGAUGAACAGGAUUUUUUCUGCGAUCGUGGGAGACUGCGAUGAUGACGUAAUGAAGUAAUGAUAAAUGGACUGUAGCCUACAUAAUAUUGAUGAUUACCAAAUGUACUACUUUCUUAAAUACUGUACAUUGUAACAUUAAAUUGUACUUUGAAAAAAAUAAUUAAACAAACUAAUUUAUUGUAUGUCCAAAAUCCUCGGCUAAAAAACAACUUGAGGCUCGAACUUUUCCCUAAACGCUCGUGCUUGGAGCUCGGCUCAAUGAAAAAUCUCAGGCUCGCACACCGUUCUUGUAAAUACAAUAAUUGGUGUAAUAUUCACGCUAAUGUAAUUAUUAAAUGUAUGUUUUGUUAAUAGAUUUUUAAUUACAAAAAAUACGAGAUAAUUUGCUUGUGCUACUCUAUACAAUAGAAAAAUACUUAUUUAGUGAGACUGUAGUUAAAAAACAUUACUUUCCAUUUUAUUUCUUAAUGCUUAUACAAUUAAAAAAGUUUUCUUUUUUAUUAUGUUCCAAAGUUGCAAAGUCACUGCUUAUUUACAU